AUGGAGACGGCCAUGAUCCUCUCUGAGGACCAGAAGAUCACGCUUAAGAAGCUCAAGGCGUUGAUCGGGAACGAAAAAGUGGCUCUUAGAAUGUUGCAAGGCCCAGACGCACUUCGGGCACGUCUCGAGGUCUUCUCGUACUUUGAGUCCACGUUGAACUGA